UCUCUCUCUCUCUCUUUUUCCUUUUCUUUUGUGGCUUUGAGAGCAACCACUCUUUCCCAUUCUCUUUUUUAUUUUUUCCAUAUAAACUGCCCAUCACUGACACCCAAUUAUCAUCUUGUUUUUUUGGCUCUCAGCCAGCCCCAUAUAUAGUUUUUUGUUCUUUGUGAUGUAUGUGUAAGAGAAAGAGAGAGAAAUGGAGGAAGCAAAUUGUAGUGCCCGAAUGAUGUCAGCAGAAAUUGUGGAGAUAGUAGAGGAGACUAGCAUGAUCAGCAGCAAAGACAUGAGUGUUAAGGAUGUUUAUGUGGCUGUCGGAAAAGAUGAUCUGGAUGUGCUGAAAUGGGCUCUUGAUCAUGCUGUCUCCCCCGCUGCUCGGGUUUUUCUUGUCCAUGUCUUUCCUCCUAUCACCUACAUACCUACUCCUGUUGGAAGAUUAUCAAUGAGCCAACUGAGCAAAGAACAGGUGAGAGUUUACAAAAAUGAAGAGCAUAACAGGAGAAGCAAUCUGCUGCAGAAAUAUAUCCGGUUGGGCAAUGAGGCCAAGGUGACGGUGGACACAAUGCUCCUUGAGAGUGAUGUGACAGCCAAAGCAAUCCUUGAUCUUAUUCCUGUUCUGAACAUUACCAGCCUUGUCAUUGGAACCAAACGACCACCUUGCUCAAGGAGACUGGGGAAAAAGAUGGCAACAGGAGAAUUUGUCAAAAAGAAUGCACCUGACUUUUGUGAGGUCAUCAUUGUUCAUGAUGGCAAGAAGGUAGUUGACAGUCCACAGGUAAAAGAUGCAGUUCAUUCAUCGCCGGCGGCAUCCAGUCAGGCGAGACCAGAAAUUACCGGUUGCCACUCUAAAAAGAAAUUCUUUGAGUGUGUGUGCUUUGCAGGCAAGUUCAAUAAUUGAAACUAAUGCGUUAGUUUGUAUAGGAAUGCAAAUGUAUUUGCAGAAGCUACAUUUCAAAAAGUAUAUUAAAGGGUAUUUUUGUCUUUUUA